AUGGAUCAUCUUGAACCAAAUUUGGAAAGGAUCAGGGUCAGGUUAAGAGGCAUUCAGUCGCUUACAACAGCUGAAAUCGACCUGAUCGCCCAACACCAUGAGUGGCUCACCGCACUGGACGAACGCGAGCGACUAGCUUUGUCUGAGGAAGACAGCCCCCGUACAUGGACUGAGGACCUAGCUACCUUUGCAAGAGGCUGUCUUAAAGCCCUCAGCGGCGAAAUCGCCGACGUUGAUGAUGACAUGGAUGGAUCACGUUCCGGAACUGAGCACGAAGAAGACACUUGUAUGAGCCCUGAUCUUCUGGAGAUCAUAACCUUGUCACCUGAGUUCGCGAGACAUAUGCGAGAUCAAAUCCGGGAUCUCCCUUGCCGAGCAGUCGACUGGGAUUAUCCUCUGGAAAUAUUGAAAGAAGGUGCACCUGCGAAGGAGGACGUUUUAUAUGCCAUCAGAGCCAUAAUGUGUGGUUGGGUAAAUGAGCUUAUCAAUGCCAGGGCAGUGUUGGAACAUCGCAUUCGUGGAGUCACUUCCGAGAAUCGAGCAGUUUUCAUGCUUCAAGUACCAACCCAUCUAACCCGGAUGGUUGGUGUUCUGGAUAUCGAGAAAGAUGGGAAGAUCGGUUCAUAUGCAGAAUGGAAAAGUCUGGAUAAAGGUUUCCCUACCAGAUACAGAUACUUAUGGGACUAUAUCGACUACAUGUGGCCGAUUCUUGCUGAUGUACGGGCUUGGAACGUUGUCAGUCGAAACCUUGAUAACAUCUACCAAUCCGACGCAUGCACAAAUCAAAUGGAUCUCCUUCUCAAGUUCUCGGUUGAUUUGCAUACCAUCCGAUUUGAUCAUCAUCCAAAUGGCCGUCCCCGCUUCUGA